AUGUAUUCUUCGUCAGACUUCCUGGAGGAGAAUUGCGGAGUAGUGCCUCACAUAUCCUAUAGAAUCAUAAAUGGCACUCCGGCGCGAUUGGGAAGAUAUUCGUGGAUGGCCGGAUCGCUUAUCAAUCAAGGGUUUGUGUUAACGGCGGCUCAUUGCAUUGAAGACGGAUUGGAAUUUAAGUGUGAUGAUGGAUGAUGGAAAGGUUUUCCAAUUAUGAUGUAUAUUUCGAUUGCAGUUCGUAUCCAACCCAUCUGCAUUUUCCAUCAUAGACGUAUGCAGUUGGUGUUGGAUGAGUUCACCUGGUUCAAGGCCACUGGCUGGGGGCUCAGGUCUGGCGAUGCGAAUACCAAUUCAUCCCGCGUUCUCAUUGAAGAAAAACAUAACUUUCCUAGCGGACAGAUCUGUGCCGGAAAUGAUGAUGCUAGCCUUUGUAGUGGGGAUUCCGGUGGUCCGCAAGGUCGGUACGUGUGGAUUUCCGGCGAGCAUCGUUUCGUCCAGAUGGGCAUCGCCAGCUACACGUAUGAAAAUUGCAACAGAGUUAGCAUUCUCACGGACGUGGUUCGAUAUGGCAAAUGGAUCAAAAAGCUAAAAUACUUCACCGAUGGGAUACGAUGUAGUUUUUAUUGUGAGAAAACCAAACCAAAAUAAACACAUAUACUAAGACUA